UUGCCUCGGAAAUUGACUUUUGUACCAGGAUGGUUAACUCUGUACCAACAUCCAAUGUCAAGACUCGAAGCUCCGGUUAAGGAGAGCAAAUGUCAACGAGACUUCUUCUUUGGCAAAAAAAAGAGUAAACGGUCGAGACUUGACUAGAUUCAAUUCUAUUCCUGGUUUCUGCAACUCAGACUUGAGCUGAAGAACGGAUGAGCAAGGAAGAGAAGGAGAAGGCAAUGAACAAGGCCAAAGAGAUCGUCACCUCGUACCCUGUUGUUGUCUUCAGCAAGACUUACUGUGGUUAUUGCCAGAAGGUGAAGCGGUUACUGACACAGCUAGGAGCAGAUUUUGAAGUACUUGAGCUCGAUGAGAUGAGGGAUGGAGGUGAGAUACAGUCAGCUUUGUCAAAGUGGACUGGACAGAGUACUGUUCCAAGCGUCUUCAUCAAAGGGAAACAUAUGGGCGGAUGUGAUAGUGUGAUGGAGAGUAACCGGAAGGGUAAGCUUGUACCUUUACUUAUUGAAGCUGAUGCUCUCGGUAAAAUCUCUUCCAAGCUUUGAAGGCUGUGUCUUGGGACUUCAAAUUUAUAUGUUCAGAUCAUGAAAAAAAGCAAGGAUGCAGAAGCGAUGUUGAAGAUGGGUAGUACACAGGAUAAGCGAGAACAACACAGGUUGAUGCGAGAUGCAAUGGAGAAAAGAUGCUCGAGUAACUCGUGGCUCCCUCAUUGGAAUGAGGCGCCUUGGAAUGUUCACUGCCUCAUUCUUUAGCCUACAGAACUAUUUUAGCUGAGACAAGAG